AUGGAGUGCGCGCCAGCGACUUUGCUGAAGCGAACGGAGGAUGACGCGCACAAACGAAGGCACCUCGCGGCGCGUUACGGUGAUGACGGGGCGAAGGGGCUUUUGCGGACGGAGGCGUACGCUGACCAUGUGAGACAGGAGAGGCACUCGGGUUCUGGGCAGCGUCACGAGGAGGUCAGCGUCAUGCUCACCCCAGUACCGCAGCGGUGCACGUGUGUAGUGCACGUCUUUGCGUGGAUCUUGAUAGUACUGAGCAUCUUGCUGGUCAUCUUGUGUGCCAUCAUCGCCGUCUCGGCUUGGAUCACGUUGGGGGUCCAAAAAGGACUCCGUCAUCCUUCAUCUUGUUGUCGCCGUCUUGGUGAUUUCACCCUCUGCAGCGGUGGUCUACUUGCUGCUGACGCUGGUUGUGGCAGCGCUUGCGUGGUGCUCGCCGUGCUGCGGGUGCGGAGAGUCAGCCGUGACGCGCUCGUCAUGCUGCCCUGUCGUCUUGUGCGUCCUGCUGUUUCUGCUCUACUGUGCACUGUCAUGCCUUUCCCCUCUCUUCGUCGGCGGCUCGUAGUCGGGCAUGGACAACGCAGCCAUGAUGUUGGUGUGCGCCUUGAUGGUCUUCUGCACACCAUUCUUCGCCGCACUUUUCAUGCUGUAUGUGCUGUGCGUGGCGUGCCGAGUAUGUAG